AACACGCGUCGUCAGAUCUCGCUGUGGAACAAAUUUGGUUCUGUUUUAGUUUUUUUUUUGUUCUUGUGACAAUUUUUUUUCAAGUGAAAGAGAGUGUUAAAAGGAAUCAAAUUGAGAGAGACGGCGAAAAUAUUUCUCUCCACCGCCAUGGGUGCGGAGAAGAAAAUGCUACGGUUAUUGCUACGGGUGUUGGUGCUCGUUGCAGCUGUGAAAGGGGACUCUGCUGACUGCACUUUCGAAGAGGGACUGUGCGGAUGGACGAAGCAGGGCAGCGGCGUGGAGUGGAGGAGGAGCCAGACCACUCCAGGAGGACAGGAGUCGGGGCCUGCAGGCGCCCAUGAAGGCUCUUGGUUCGUGUACCUGGACACGCGCAACGGAACCUACUUGUCUGAGGCGAGACUGGAGGCCGAGCUCGAGCCCUCCGAGGCCGGCUCGUGCUUCGCCUUCUGGCUGAGCUCCCACGGCCCAGAACUCGGCAAGCUCAAGCUAUACACGGACGGUCUGGUGGUGUUCACGGAGUUCGAAGAUCACGGUCCAGACUGGCGUCGUUUCUCGAGAACCCUCAAACCGGCACAAUCUCAACUUACGUUUGUCGGCAUCCAAGGACCGGGAUCUCUUGGUUUCUUCGCCCUCGACGACUUCGAGAUAACGUCCGGGCCCUGUUCGCCGCCGCCUCCUCCCCCGGACUACCUCUUCAGCUGCGACUUCGAGGACAGCAGCUGCGAAAUCACCAGCGAGGCGAACGUGGGAACGACUUGGGAAAGAAUGUCUGGAGGAAGGAUGGGUUUUGAUCAUACGAGCUACUCUGUUGAGGGCCACUUCCUCCAACUGGCCGUCACGUGCGAGGGUGCUGCCUGUGCGGGGGGCACUGUGGACGCCACCUUGCCCGUCCUCAGCACCGACACCCUCUCGUCCGACGCCGCCGUCUGCUUCCGGAUGUGGUACCGCAUGUUGGGCAGGGGCGGCCAGCGAUUACAGGUCGUUCUGGAUGAGGAAGAACUACUUUUCGACCAAGAAGACACCAACACGUUCAGCGAAGAGUGGUUCCUUGGGACGGUAGGUGGUCAUCGCGAUUUGAUUGGAUCUAUUAAACUUAUGAUUUAGAAAGGUCUAUAUUUUGCUAUUGUUUAUUUUGAUUAUUAUGCUGAGUGAGAGUCUGUCUGUACCUCCAUUUUUCCUUACGAGUCUUGUUCUAACGCUCAGUAUCAGUGG